GGAGGGCAGAAGAUUGCAUCACUGUGACAACACAACUUCCCUGUACAGAUGUGUGCACAGCCAGACAGAUUGCGCCAUAAAAUGGACUAACUUUUGCUUGAGGAAUGAGCAAGAAAAAAUAUGUGCCCCUCAAUUCUCUACAUGAUUGGAGACUAAUUGGCAAUGGAUCCUUUGGAUCUGUAUACAAAGUAAAGCACAAUGAUUACAAGUUAACUGUGGCAGUGAAGGAACUUAAAGAGAAUGUAUCACAGGGUCUUGAAGAUCUCCUUUCCGAAGCAGAGAAGAUGGAUUCUGCAUCAUCUUGCUCCUUCAUAAUACGUCUAUAUGGGAUCUCGGAGGGCAGUUCAAAUAAAUCUCCAGGCAUUGUGAUGGAGUACAUGGAGAAUGGCAGUUUAGACACGCUGAUGGACAGAGUUGGAACCAUGCCUUGGGCCUUGAAAUUCCGUAUUCUGUAUGAGGUGGCAUUAGGUAUGAACUAUCUGCAUACCCUGUCCCCUCCUCUUCUACAUCUGGACCUGAAAACAAAGAACAUCCUUAUAGAUGAGGACCUGCAUAUUAAGAUCACAGACUUUGGUCUCUCUAAGUAUACAAGCAGCUCCUCUAGCUGCAAGCUUGAUCAAGGUGAAGGAGUUGCGGGGACCCUAGAGUAUAUGCCCCCAGAGGCAUUUCAAGAAGGGUAUCAACCACACAAAUCAACUGAUGUUUACAGUUUUGCCAUUUUGUCUGCUGUGGUGCUUAAAGGAGAAGACCCUUAUCCUGUUAACAAAUCUGUAUUGAUCCGUCUGCUUGUUAUGGAAGGCCAGCGUCCAUGUCUUAAGUCACUGCAAAAUGAGAACUAUGUCAAAUCUCUACAUGAGGCAGUCCAAUUGACUAUGAAGUGCUGGCAUAAUGACAAGCUCAAAAGACCUUCCUUCAGUGAUUGCUGUAGCCAGUGGGAGAGAUUUAACUCUGAAUAUGAUAAAAGGGAGAUUAAAAAAGCAGUGAGAGACGUGCAGGACAAACUCGAUUCAUAUGACAAGACAACAGAAGACUCACAUACCAAGGGUACAAUAUCUGCAUCUGUAACCACCACAGAGAUGGUAGCUAUGACUGAAAGACUUCAGACUAUGCAAAUGUCUGAACAUCCAUCUGUCCUACAGCAAGCUGUGCCUGUAAAUAGCUCUCCAAAAACACGGCGCCAGUAUACAGGGGUUCCUGGGCAACCCUUACCACAAGCAAAGCAACCAAUGGCAUCGCGACCUACCUACCAACCUAUGAGUACAAGACCACAUAACCCAGGUGCAGCAUUCCCUUUCAAUUGGUCUUCACAUGCUACUGGAUAUCAAUAUUUACCACGUGUACCUGCCUUCUAUCCUCCUUCAUAUCCUCAGUCUCCUUUUCCACCUACUACAGUAAAUAUUCAUGACUGUGCAGGCCCAAUACAGAUUGGAGAUAACAAUACCAUGACUGUGAGGACAUAUCAAAGUGUGCCUGUUAACAUUAGACUGACACGACCUGGCCAGGUCAUACAUAGAAACUACAGUCCACCACUGAGUACAGGGCCAAUACCGACCGCUCAACCACAGCCCACCAUGCCGUCAAGAGAAGCUUCUUCGGGCCAUACUUUAUGCAAGCAGGAGACCGAACCAAAGCGUGACCAACCAAUCCAAAUCCCUCUAUUACAUACCACUUCAAUUAGUGGCUCACCGCAAGGACAAGUCAAUAAUUUACCAAACACCCAAGCAAGCCGACCCGAUUUUAAAGUAUUGCCCAAAAAACCAUGACAUUGAUCAAUAACUUUAUGUACAGGAAGAAUUCCAAUACCCUCCUCACAGGAGAGUAAGGCUCACAUGGAACAUUCUGACCCAAGACAGCAUGGCAGAUCAUGUUCCCAUAUUAGUUAUUUAAAGCCAUGCUAUUUUUAAUAGAGCACACUGCAUGCCUGAACAACAAUUGCAUAUAUUCCAAUGCCAUCAUGCAACAAGUUUAUUUCAUAUGUGUCUGGUUUUAAAUGCAGACCUGGCAACCCUAGUGCCGUGUAUCCUAUCCCAUGUAAAUUAGGAGGAUGCUGUUUCAGCAUCAUGUGUUGGAAGUCAGUGAAAUACAGUAUGGCCUUAACUGACUGUCCUCUGAACAAAAAUCACCUGCUAUCAUUAAGUCAGAUUGCAUCCUCAGGGUAAUUUUAAACUUCAAUUAAUUGAUUUGUAACACAGGAGUCAAUUAAAUUUAAAUUG